UUAAGGGGUAUUAGACAAACAGAAUGUAUAUUACUCAUUUUCAGAAGCAGGUCUUAUGGUAUAUGGUUUGCUAUUUUGCAGCCAAACAAUGGAGGAAGAGUGUCUUUCUUCCUCAAAACCUUUCUCUGCAAAAACCCAAUCAACCUCCUUCCCUCGCACAUGGCCAUUUCCCUCUUCACAACACUUCCAUUUCUUUCCCCAACAACCACCAAAUUCAUUUCAUCCCAAUCCACUCUAUCCCCACUUCUCUCAAAUCCAACAACACGACAUCACUUCUCAAUUAUCCCCAUGAACUCAAGCACCGCCACCAGCUCAGCAGCAUCUUCUUCCUUAAUGCAGCACGUACCACAACAAGACUCCAAUGAAAUGGAACGUACCGCGAACCUAACAUUUCAAAGAUACAAUUCCAAUAGCACCAAGAGGAGUGGUAAAGAGACAUCAAUUGUCUGGUUUAGAAACGAUCUCAGAGUUUUGGAUAAUGAAGCUCUCUACAAAUCUUGGCUUUCUUCUCAAACUAUCUUGCCUGUUUAUUGCGUCGAUCCUCGACUCUUUGCCACCACUUACCAUUUCGGAUUUCAAAAAACCGGAGGUUUAUGCACAGAAAGAAACUUGCAGUGAGGAGUUGAAUGUUGAAAGGUCUGUCAGUAGAUGUCUUCAGGUUUUUGUUUUUAGGUUUGUCCUCUCAUGUGGGAAGGACUCUACCAUGAAGCUUUGGGAGGUUGGCACUGAAAGAUUAGUCAAACAAUAUGUUGGUGUCGUGCAUACACAACUAAGAUUCCUGGCUGAUACUCGAGCUCUCAAGAGGAAGACAUGGGAGCAGCUGGCUUCUGAAGAGGGAAAGGAUAUCCCUAAAGCUAGUGAAAUUGAAAGGUUAAUGUGUCGUACAGGUGUUGAUCAUGUACUAAAUAGGGUUAGUUGACUUUUUCUUGACAUUUUCUCCCUGACAAAGAAGAAAAUGAGCUGGAUACUCUAAAGUUGGGAUUUUCUCAAAUAUUUUAUGAUAAUAUUCUGAAAGUAAGGUGUUUCCUUGAUUUGUUUUGGUGGCUAUUAUAUAGUGUUGUAAUGGCAUAAUCUUGAUAUAUAUUGCAUAUAAUUUUGUCUAGCUUGAAAAACCAAUGGAGGGUCUGGAAGACUGGUUGGAAGCAGUUUAUAAUGCUUGCAUCCCCUGUGUUGUUGUUUCAAGUCUUGAUAGAAAAAAUGUGGUAGAAGCUUUGGAACAAAUGAGGCUCAAUAAGUACUUUCAGGCAAUUGUGACAGAGGAGGAUGGGAUGGAGUCGAUAGCUCGUAGAUUUCUCUCUGCUGCAGUUAAGAAAGAAGAAUUGCUGCUCAGACUCCUCAACAUGCUUGGGCGUGACAUAGGAAAAUAAUGUUUGUUUGUAGUUUGUACAGCUAGCUAACAGAGCUUAGUGCAAGCUUCUUCAUCAAGAGUCUAUGAAUUGUAGGCUCCUCUAGGAUUGUCUACAUUCUUAAUAUGCUUUAUAAGAGGUCAAAUAAUGGGUUGUUUUGCAUGACGGUGCUUUAGCAGCAGCAGGAAAAAGCUAAAGCUGAAGCAGAGGUGCCAUACCCUUAUAUUUUAGUUUGAUUGUGUUAUUUGGAACAUAAAUUAUACAUGUCUUCAAUUUUCAUUUCUAGUAAUCAU